AUGGAUAUCAAAACGUUGCUCGCCAAUCUUCAUGAAGAAGUAUCCUGCUCUGUGUGUAUGGUCACAUUUACUGAACCAAAGCAGCUUCCAUGUUUGCACAGCUUUUGCCUCCACUGUUUAGCAGGAAUCCAAAGAAACAGCGGCCGCCAUGAUGUCAUAACAUGUCCUGAGUGUCGAAGGGAGAGUCAAGUCCCUGGUGGAAAUCUAAAAGAUCUGCCCACAAACUUUCGCAUCAACAGCUUACUAGAUGUGUUGGCCAUAAGGGACUGCAAUUCUACUGGAGUCAAAUGCGGAAACUGCGACAAACGCAGAGUAGAAAGUUUCUACUGUUUUCAGUGCUGUUCAUUUUGGUGUGACGAGUGUAUCACUGUGCAUAACUUACUCCGAGCAAAUAAAGACCACCGAGUUCUUGCGCUCAAAGAUUUUGAAGAUCAAGACAUCGAGGAUGUCUUAAAACGACCAGCAUUUUGCCCACGACCGGGCCACGAGAAGAAAGAAUUGGAAUUCUUCUGUAAGAAAUGUGAACAAGCCAUUUGCAGUUCCUGUGUUGCAACCACUCACGAUGGACAUGUUAAGAUACUACUGGAAGAAGCGGCAAAUGAAAAGAAAUUGCAAAUCCUGUCUGAGACUGAAUCCAGAAAAGCUAAAGUGCAAAGAAUGAGAAACAAAAUAUCUCAACUUGACGAAAGCUGUGAUAGAAUCCAAACCCAAGUCGCAAAAGUAAAAAGAAGCGCGCAACAGUUUGCCGAAAGCAUGAUUGCUGUCAUCGAAGCCAAGAAACAGGAAAUCUUUUCUGAAGCGGAUCAUGAGGCACAACAGUACCUGGAACGUUUGCGAAUACAAAGGAUCGAGAUUGAAAAUAAAGUAAAAAUGGUCGAAACAGCUGUAGGAAAAUCUGAAACACUAUUACAACGGAGCACAAACGCAGAGCUUGCACAGUUCGAUGACUCACAAAACACAACACUCUUGAAAGGAGCUGAUAAUGAGAGAGAAGAAGUCGACUGCAACCUUGAAUAUUUAAGUGAACUUAUUUUCGAGGAAAACGAAGCUUUGAAGACAAAAGCAAUCCACGAGGGAAUCGGCUCCAUCAGAGCAUUUCUCAGCGAGACCAGAGCGGAUAAAGCAACUGCUGAAGGAGGAGGACUCACUGAGGCGAUCGUUGGAAUUCAAGCGAAAUUUGUCUUGACGACAAGAAAUGCUGAAGGACGACAAUGCCACGACGAGCGUGACCGAGUAACAGUGGAAAUUAAAAAUCAGCAAGGCCAUGACUGUGCGACGGAAGUGCGAGUCCAAGAUAUUAAAGAUGGUAGCUAUAAAGUGGGUUAUUUUUCCAAAGAAACUGGAAGAUGUAAGGCAGAAGUUAAACUAAACGAAGAACAUGUUCCAGGCAGUCCAUUUCCGGUUCGAGUGAAACCCAGACAAUUCAGACCCGUGCUAUCUUUUGGACAACGAAGUUCGUCUGCUGGAGUGUUACUCAAACCCUGGGGAAUGGCAGUGAAUGAACGCGAUGAAAUUGUAGUGACUGAACUCGGUAACAACAGGGUUCAAGUAUUCAGUAGUGAUGGAACUUACUUACGAAGUUCGUCUGCUGGAGUGUUAAAAGCACCCUGGGGAGUGGCAGUGAAUGAACGUGAUGAAAUUGCAGUGACUGAUGAUGAGAACAACAGGGUUCAGGUAUUCAGUAGUGAUGGAACUUACUUACGGUCGUUUGGUAGAAAAGGUAAUAAACAGGGAGAAUUUAAUGGCCCACGCGGAAUAACAAUACAUGAGACUAAUAACAUUAUAGUCGUGGACAGCGGUAACGACCGUGUUCAAUUGUUCAGUGAGCAGGGUGAGUACCUGAGCCAGUUUGGUGGUAAGGGAAAUCGUGAUCACCUGCUGUCUAAUCCUCUCGGUGUAUCUGUAGAUAAUACAGGCAAUAUUAUUGUUGCUGAUAGCGGUAACAAAUCAAUUAAGAUCUUUUCUCCUGACGGCCAUUAUUUAAGUAAAUUCGGGGGUGAGGGUUCUUUUACCUUUCCCUUUCACUGCGUACAAUAUGAAAAAUAUCUGAUAGUGUCAGACAGAGAUGAACAUUGUAUCAAAGUGUUUGAUAGAAAUGGUAAUUUUUUAUACAAAUUUGGAAAUGAGGGGGAAGGGGAUGGAGAGUUCAAUAACCCUCGUUGUUUAUCAGUUAACAAGACAGGACACCUGUUGGUUUGUGAUACAAAUAAUCACAGAGUACAAGUAUUUGAGCUAAGUGGAAAAUUUGUAACAAAAUUUGGAUCAAAAGGAGAGAAAAGAGGAGAAUUUAAUCGCCCUGUCUCUACUGCAGUGCUCAGUGAUGGUCAAAUAGUUGUGUCUGACGGUUGGAACCAGCGCAUUCAGAUAUUUGAAUAG